AUAUGCAGUUGUACUUGCUUGGAGUAGCCAUUCAAGUGGUGUUCUGUGUCAUGAUUUCCUUGCUGGCUCAGGUGCACUACGACGGAAGAGUGCAGGGGAAAGUUAAAAUAAGUUAUCGCCUUUAAUGAUCUGAAAUCUCUACGCAAGUGACUUAAACCAAAUGGAAGUAAAUAAAUCCGACCAGUGCGAUAGUUUGAUAAUUUGGCUACAGAUGUUCAAUGUUCCCUCAGCCUGUAAAAAUGUUUGGGAUUUGACCAAUGGAACUACCAUGGCACAGGUUCUUAACCAAAUAGACCCAUCUUGGUUUAAUGAAUCAUGGUUGAAUCGCAUUAAAAGUGAUGUGGGUGACAAUUCUAGAUUGAAGUUGAAUAAUCUAAAGAAGAUUCUCCAGAUGGUUCUCAGUUAUUAUCACGAGGAACUCAGCCAACAAAUUGCAGAAUCUCUUCACCCAGAUUUGAGUCUAAUUGUGGACCAUGCAGAUGUAUUGGAACUCGGUAGAUUGCUCCAACUGAUUUUGGGAUGUGCAGUAAACUGCGAGAGGAAGGAGGAACACAUCCAGAAUAUCAUGACGUUGGAAGAGUCUGUGCAGCAUAAUGUAAUGACCGCCAUUCAAGAACUCAUGAGUAAAGAACUGGCAGGACCAUUUGCUGAAGCAUCUGGAGAUUUGGAUGAACAGCUGCAAAAAGCUCUGGAAGACCGCAAUGAGGCCUUGGUACAGAAGGAGGAACUAACACAGCGGUGCCUGGAAUUGGAUAUACAGGUUUCUGCUCUACAAGAUGAAAGGAACAGUUUGUUGACUGAGAAUGAUCUUCUAACAGAAAGAAUGCAACAGAUGGAUCCUGUUGAUGAUCCGCAGAACCUUGCUAGCAAGAAGUACUUCAACAUCCAGCUUCAGUUGGAUCAAAUACAACAAGAUAACUACAGGCUUGAAGCAGCAAAGGAUGACUAUCGCAUUCAUUGUGAGGAACUAGAGCAACAACUGAUUGAAGUACAACAUAGAAAUGAUGAACUUAACAGUUUGGCAGAGGAAAACCUUGCUCUUAAAGAUGAAAUUGAUGUUCUGAGGAAUUACUCGGAUAAGGUGAUCAAAUUAGAGGCCUCAGUGGAGACAUACAAAAAGAAACUGGAUGAUCUGAAUGACUUGAGGCGGCAGAUGAAAUUAUUGGAGGACAAAAACAUGAUAUACAUGCAGAAUGUAGUCAGCCUGGAGGAGGAACUCCGGAAAGCGAAUGCAGUCCGUGCUCAGCUGGAGACAUACAAGAGACAGGUUCAGGAGCUCCACAGCUCAUUGUCCGGGGAAACAAGAAGAGCAGACAAAUUGGCUUUUGAGCUGAAACAGAUCGAGGAAAAGCAGGAAACAUUGCUAAAGGAAAAAGAGAGAUUGAUUAUAGAACGCGAUGCUCUUAGAGAAACCAAUGAGGAACUCAAAUGUACACAGCAACAGCAAGAUCACUUAUUGCAAUCAGGUAAAUUCUCUCUGGAUUCACAAGAUCAUCUUGCAGCUGAAAUUCUUCCUGUGGAAUACAGGGAGAAGUUCAUUCGACUGCAGCACGAGAACAAGAUGUUACAAUUGCAGCAGGAGGGAUCGGAGAACGAGCGGAUGUCAAUAUUGCAGAAGUUGUUGGACGAAGCAAAUCGGACAAAGAAUGAACUGGAGACGGAAAAUAGACUGGAAAAUCAACGUGUGCAAGAACUGCAACAUCAAGUAGAAGAUCUCCAGAGAUUCUUACAGGAACAAGGCACAAAGACAGAAGAAUCCAGUGAACUAAAGAAAUUGGAUGCACAUCUAGAGAAACUUCAUGAGGCUCAAGAUGAGCUGCAGAAAAAGAAUGAGUUUAUUGAAGAUCUAGAGCAUGACGUACAGCAGAAAUCUCAAAAUAUUGAAGAGUUACAACGUGGCCUGACUAAAAAAGAUGAAGAUAUGCGGGCAAUGGAGGAAAGAUACAAGACGUACCUUGAGAAAGCUCGUAAUGUGAUUAAAGCUCUAGACCCAAAACAGAACCCAGCUACUGCAGAAAUCCAGGCACUCAAAACACAAAUCAUUGAGAGAGACAAAAAAAUACAAAUGCUGGAGCGUGAUUGCGAGCAAUCAAAACUUCGUGAGUAUGAAGAGAAUCUGUUGGUAACAGCAUGGUGGAACAAGAGUUUGGCUUUUCAGAAGAUUGGCAUUGAAGCUCGACUUGGAGGCUUUGGCUCAAAUACAAAUCGCUCCUUCCUAGCACAGCAACGACAGGUCUCCAGUUCACAGAAAACACUCGCCGUUGCCGUGCCUACAACAUCUACCAAAUAGAACAACCGAAUACAUUUGUACAGAAGUCUAUUUUUUAAAAACCUGUGUAUUAAAACAGCUGAAAAGGCACAAUUAUGAUUUGUACAGCUAUACAGCAGGGAAACACGGCAUCUAGCUCAACUUGUUCAUGCCGACCAAUUUGCUGCGCAGUUAGUGUCUCUGUCUGUGCCUGGCCCAAAUCCCUUCAAACCUUUCCUAACCAUGUAUCUGUCUAAGUGUCCUUUAAACGUCAUAAUUGUAUCUGCCUAUACCACUUCCUCUGGCAGCUUUUUCCACUCUCUGUGUGAAAGAAGUUGCCCCUCAAGUCAUUUUUAAAUCUUACCCAUCUUGCCUUAAGACUGUGUCCUCUAAGUUUAGACUUCUCUAAUGUGGGACAGUGGCUAUUCACUUUAUCUCUGCUUCUCAUGAUUUUAUAGACACCUCUAAGGUGAUCCCUUAGCCUCUGGCACUCCAUUGAAAAUUAGAUCAGUGUUGUAUAACUUAUAAUAUUUCCCCUACUUCCAAGAGAUUUUCUUUCAAUAUAUAUAUAUAUGUCCAAAUGGAAAUUUCACCUUUAAAUUUUAAAGAGCUGCUUUUCUGAUAUAUUUUGUGUAUGAAUAUACAUUGUGCAGAAUGUUAAGGGCAAAUGGUUAAAAAAAAAGCAGCUGUUUGGGGUUGUUUUACGUUUUAAAUUUAUAUAUAAAAAUGUAUGUAUCCUAUUUUAAAAUAUUAAAGUAGAUGUGCCUUGAAACUAAAUUAUGUAUUCCUUGUAGUAAUGUUACCUGAUUAUUAAGAAGAUUUGUCAUGGCUUUUCUAGGUUGGGAAUAUACACACCACAAGCACACAUGCAUGCACGGUUGUCAAUUUAAGAAAUGUUGAAAUGUCAUUUGUAAAUUCAAAAUACAUCUGUUCUUUAUAACAAAUCUUCACAUGUAAAUAAAAUAUUUGAUUUAUUUAAUUUAUUAAGGGAAACAAUUGUACAUGAAUGAUUGUACAUGAAUUAUAAAUCCUAAACUAUUUAAAAUGUCCAGAGGUUUUAUUACUUCAUAUUAUGAAAUCAAUACUUCUCUGCUUUAAAAUUGUAAUUUUACAUUUGCUGUAUUUUAAUUUUUAUGUUGAGUUUUUAUUAAAGUUGAUUAUUGUUAUUCCAUUAACCUAAGUAAACUGCAAUUAAAGUAUUCCAUAAUAUUUGGGUUCAUGUUUUUACCAAUAUAACUGGAAUAGUUUUUGUAAUUUUCUUUGGUGCAUUUGGGGUAUUAACUGAUGUGGUUGUAUUGCAUAUAUCCCAGGUAUAGUACAGAUAUUAUUUAAACAUUAUGAAACAUGCCUGCGAAACAAGUCCCUUUUGUUUGUUAACAGUGAAUAACUUUGGAUUGAAAAAAACUGAUUCUUUGGCCUUUUCUGAGCCAGACCUGACAUAGUUGUUGGACACAAAAUACUGGAGUAACUCAGCGGGUCAUGCAGCAUCUCUAGAGAGAAGGAAUGGGUGACGUUUCGGGUCGAGACCCUUCUCCAGACAUGGUUGUUGUCUCGGUGGCACAGCGGUAGAGUUGCUGCCUUGCAGCGAAUGCAGCGCCGGAGACCCGGGUUUGAUCCCGACUACGAGUGCUAUCUGUACGUUCUCCCCAUGACCACGCAGUUUUCUCCGAGAUCGGUUUCCUCCCACAUUCCAAAGACGUACAUGUUUGUAGGUUAAUUGGCUUGGUAAAUGUAAAAAUCGUCCGUAAUGCGAGGAGGAUAGUGUUAAUGUGCGGUGAUCGCUGGUCGGCGUGGACCCGGUGAGCCGAAGGACCUGUUUCUGUGCUGUAUCUCUAAACUAAAAAUCUAAACUGCUUGUCCCGCUGAAUUACUCCAGCAUUUUGUGUCUAUCUUUGAUAUAGUUGUUUAUUCUUUAUUCUCAUUUUAUCACUGGUGAUAGCCUUUGGAGUGUGUUUUAUGGGUGGAUCAUGAAUUUGGGAGAAAAAUAUGGCAAGAUAGAUAUUUCUAUGUUUCUAUGUUUGGUUUAAUGGAUUAUGAGUUAACUUUUGUUUCAAACUACGUCUGAACCUAAAUGACGUAUUUGCAGUAUUGUUAUUCAAAUAUUAUGAAAGUCUUUUUGUCAUGCUUUAGUGGACACUGGGGAAAAAUACUGGUACGAAUGGAUGAUAAUGUGAUUCCGUACUUAGAAAAUAAAUAUUUAUAUACAUAUUUGAUUUGA